UUCACUUUGUAUCUCAAUUUUAUUCCAAUUACAUCAUCACCUUUGCUUAAAUUCUCACAAUUUUUGGGGUAGUUUAAGAAACUUGUUGAGAUACACUGCACUUGAUUGUAUUCGCUUAAUUCCAAUUCCAUCUUCGAAUUGUUUGUUUUUGAUGUUUUGGUGUAUUGGGCUUUUGUUAUUUUUGGUGUUUUUUUUUGAAAAUUUGAUUCCAAGGGUUCGUUUCUCCUUUUCCUCUUGAAGAAAAGAAGAACCCUUUUUUAAAGACUCUCUUUUUGUCUCUAAUCUUGAAUUGGGAUUCCACCUUUUGACAUUAUCUUCAAAGGGUUUGCCAGUAUUUUUUAAGAUAUUGUUGUUAUUCAUUAAAGACUUAAUUUUUGUUGACUCACACCACACUUUGAAUUCAACCUAUUAGCCCUUUUGCACAUGUUGCCUGAGCUAAUUUGGUAAUGUUGAAGCUCUGGUUCUGUGAUAGGUGAGAGCUCGUCGCGCAAAACAUCCCUUGUUUCGGCUUUAAAAUGGGGGAUCACUUUGUUUUGCUCGUUGAUCGUUUGCUUACUGAGUCGACCCUCGAGGCUGCAAUCGAGAGUAGAUUGAAGCACGUAGUCCCCAUCACUGUCGAAGAAGUAGCAAUCGACUACUCGUACCAGAAAGAUUCCGAGGCUAGCUUGUCUCCGAGGAAGGUGGUCGAGUGUAGGAUAUGCCAGGAUGAAGGUUUUGAUUCAAGCAUGGAGGCUCCUUGCUCUUGCUCUGGAAGCUUGAAGUAUGCUCAUCGUAGAUGUGUGCAAAAGUGGUGCAACGAGAAGGGUGACACCAUGUGUGAGAUAUGCCAUCAGCAAUUCAAGCCAGGAUACACUGCACCACCGCCAAUUUUCCGUUUUGGUGGACUUCCGAUGAACUUGAGGGGGAAUUGGCAGAUUGCAAGAAGAGAUUUGAACAAUCCGCGCAUUAUUGCAAUGGUUGCUGCUGAUCAUAGCCUCCUCGACCCAGAAUACGAUGAGUAUGCUGCUUCCACAUCACGAAGCAUAGUCUGCUGCCGCACAUUAGCACUAAUAUUCAUGGUGCUCCUGAUUAUACGGCAUACUCUUCCAGUAGUUGUGAGUCGAGCUGGGAAUUAUUCGCUCUCACUGAUCAUGCUUUUAUUGCUACGCGUUGCUGGGAUCAUUAUACCGAUCUGCGUUAUACUCAAAGCAGUCACCUCCAUCAUACGCCAUCGACAUGAACAGGCGACGCCUGCGCCUGAUGAAGAAUCGAGCCCGUUACCUCUGAAUGAGCAAGAUUUGAAUGCAGUCAGCUAAAGGGCUAGAAAUUAACAAGAAAUUUGCCAAGGAAGAGCAACCGGUUUCGCCUCGGCUGAGGUGAAAUUUGCCAUCUGUCACAUUUCUGUUGUUAUAAUCUAGUGUAAAUUGACCAGAAAAAAAAAGAUAAAAGAAAAGAGGUAGGUUAGAUUUUGAGGUUGGAUUUAGAAAGUAGUUAUUGACUUUGGGAAAAGCCUAGUUGAUGACCUUGGAAAUCAAUUGAUGAUCCUGCAUUAACUAAACCAAUUUGCUCAUUAAUUUUGUAUGAUUACAGUCAUUAUAAGUAGUAAUUUAAAAUCAUUCAAAAGACCCCAUCA